UAGCUUUCUUGCUGCAGAGCUACAGUAAAGCUAGCGACUACUUGCAAUAUAAUUGGAAUAAAGUCAAAUCUUCGGAUAUAAAACACGGAGAGAUGGGGAAAAAACACAAGAAACAUAAGCCGGAGUGGAGAACAGUUGAUGACUCUGAAGACAAGGCUCUUGAGAAGCCCCUGAAGCUUGUGCUCAAAGUUGGAGGAAGUGAGGUGACAGAGCUCUCUGGUUCGGGCCAUGACUCCAGCUACUACGACGACAGAUCAGACCAUGACCGGGAACGGCACAAAGACAAAAAGAAGAAGAAGAAGAAAAAAUCUGAAAAGGAUAAAGACAAAUAUGCCGAUGAUGAUGAGAGAAGACGGCGGAAGGAGGAAAAGAGGAAGAAGAGAGAGCGAGAGCAGAACGAAUCAGAGGCUGCAGCUUCUACUGCUCCCAGCAACGUCGGUGUGGCUGUUGAACCUUUCACAUUGCCAAAAAGUAGCAUAAGUAUAAGUAUUGGACUAGAGCCAGAGGAGAAGAAAAAGAAGAAAGAGCGAGAGAGAGAUAGAGAGUUUGAGCUAGAGGACGAAAUGGAUGAGUUUGACCCCGAUGGGAAGAUGGAAGGAGAUCCGCUGGGAGACAGGCCGGUCCGAGCAUGCAGGACACAACAAGAGAGUGAAUCCACUCCUCGUCAACAACUGCUGGAGCACUUUCUGAGGCAGCUGCAGAGGAAAGACCCCCAUGGAUUCUUCUCAUUUCCAGUAACAGAUGCAAUCGCUCCCGGUUACUCAAUGAUCAUCAAACAUCCUAUGGACUUCAGCACCAUGAAGGACAAGAUUAUGAACAACGAUUACAACACAGUUACAGAAUUUAAGGGGGACUUCAAACUGAUGUGUGACAACGCCAUGGUGUACAAUCGACCAGAGACCGUCUAUUACAAGGCUGCCAAGAAGCUGCUCCACACAGGAUUCAAGAUGAUGAGCAAGGAGCGGCUUCUGGCUCUGAAACGCAGCAUGUCCUUUAUGCAGGAAAUGGACUACACCCAGCAGGCAGCCAUUUUGGGAGAUGAAGAUCUUGAAGAUGAUUUACCUCCUCCAGAGAUAAUCCCCAGCCCAGUGGAAUCAGCUAAGAAGUCCAAGAAACAACCAGUCAAGGACAUGAAGGAAAUCAGUUACCUGUUUGAACCAGAGGGGAACGCUUGCAGCUUGACUGACAGUACAGCAGAGGAGCACGUCCUGGCACUCGUUGAGCAUUCAGCUGAUGAAGCUCGGGAUCGGCUGAACAGAUACAUGCCCAACUCCAAGAUGGGCUAUCUGCGUAAAGAAGCAGACAGUUCUCUUCUUUAUACGGUUGUAAAUCAGCUUGAACCUGAGGUAGAAGAAGUGGACACUCAUAAAGUGGACCUGAGCUCUUUGUCAAAUAAGCUUCUGCCGGGAUUAACAACUUUGGGUUUCAAAGAUGACAGGAGACACAAAGUGACUUUUCUGAGCAGUGCCUACAACGUCCAGACCCUUCAGAAUAACUCCAUCUAUCCAGACCUGCAACCUGAUGAGGUGGACAUGCUUUAUUCAGCCUAUGGCGAUGACACAGGAGUACAAUGUGCUCUCAGCAUACAGGAGUUUGUCAAGGGCUGCAGCGGUGUCACGAAGCAUUGGGUCGACACGCUUCUGGACAAGAUGACUGCAGACGAUCACACUAAAGCUGUCAAUCAAAUCCGACAGAAACGAAAUAUCAUGCUUAAACCCGAUGAAACCAAAUCCAACAUCUGUGACAUGCAGAUGGCAGAUGGCAGCGGCCUGGGAGACAGCGGCUCAGUCCUGGACUUCAUGUCAAUGAAGAACUACCCAGAUAUGUCUCUGGAUAUAUCCAUGCUGAACUCAUUAGGUAAAACAGUUAAAAAGGAGCCGUGUAACGAGGAUGGCCAGCAGCAAUUUGAUGAAGCAGACAAACUCCUGCAGGAGUUCCAGGACGCUCAGGUGGACAGAGUCGGCUCCAGACCAUCGUCCAACCUGUCCUCCCUCUCUAAUGCCUCAGAGAGGGACCAGCAUCAUCUAGGGAGCCCAUCACACCUGGGCGUUGGGGACCAGUCUGAAAUGGUUCCAGACCCCUACGAGUUUCUGCAAUCUCCGGAGCCAGAGAGCACAUCUAACAGCUGACCACACACACUGCCAUUUUGUUAUCCUGGUGUUAACAGCACUGGGUACUCAGUCUUGGACUGAUUUAAACACUGCGGAGACUGCACGAGCCUCUGACCUUAAAGACUGAAUAUGAUUGUACAGGAUGUUUGUAGUGUCAUUGUAUGUUUUUGUAUUUGUGAAAAUAAAUGCUUGCACCUGUAUUUAUAAA